AUGCCAACUAUCCGUAGGACUCUUAAAAAUGUUGUUAAGAACUACUCUGAUGCUCAAGUUAAGGUACGAGAAGCCACCUCAAAUGAUCCAUGGGGACCCUCAAGUACUCUGAUGGGUGAGGUGGCUGAUUUAACAUAUAAUGUUGUGGCAUUCACAGAAAUAAUGCAAAUGAUUUGGAAAAGACUGAACGAUGAUGGGAAGAAUUGGCGCCAUGUGUAUAAAGCAAUGGUUCUGUUAGAUUAUAUUGUGAAAACAGGAAGUGAGAAAGUGGCUCAACAAUGUAAAGAGAAUUUCCAUGCAAUAAAAACGUUGACAAGCUUUCAGUAUAUUGAUGUUGAUAAUAAAGACCAAGGUAUGAAUGUUCGCGAGAAAGCUAAACAACUUGUAGCUCUCCUUUCUGAUGACGAAAGACUGAAAAAUGAAAGAACCAAGGCUCUGAAAGCUAAAGAAAGAUUCGCACAAAAUGCUAUGGGCUCGCCAUCAGAAAGUGGAAGAAGAAUGUCAACUGAUGCUGCUUUAGCUCGACCUUCCUCAUUAGGAGAGGAGGAAAUACAGCUACAAUUAGCUCUAGCUAUGAGUAAAGAGGAACAUGAUGAAGAAGUUAGAAAACAAAAAAGUGAUGAUAUUAAACUACAAUUAGCUCUUGAUGAAAGUAAAAAACAGCAUGAUGAUGAGGUUGUCAAAAUUUCUUUAAUGUUAAUUUGUGUCCAUUUUCAGCCAGUUGGAACUGCUGCAGGAGGUGCUAAUGAUUCUUGGGGUGCUCCAGUUCAAUCUGCUGUUGAUCCAUGGGGUGUUCCUAAUUCACAACCAGCCAAUCAGAAUGUUGAUCCAUGGGGAUCACCAGCUAGAGUGAAACAACCAGUAGCAUCACAGCCAAGUGAUCCCUGGGGAGUGGCAAGUCCAGCUCCUGUCCAAAGCCAAUCAUCUGCAGGUAAUAUAUCGCAUCUUCAAUCAAAUCCAUCAAUGGUUCCCUCAGUCUUUUAA